AUGAAGCGACUGAAAACUGACUCUGCCAUCGCCAAACUUGGUGAAAGUGCCUAUAACGCACUUGUGAUGACAAACCAAGUGAGCGGAGUCGAGACACGCAUUUUACACUAUAGUUAUAACCUGUCAGCCGAAGACGGUGCUCAGUGUUCAUUCAACGAAGAUAGCUAUGGUUCUUUGACGAGAACAAGCCAAAGCCUCGGAUCACAGCGCAUGACAAGGCGAGCUUUUAGCAAAGACGAAAAAGAAACAAAUCGUGAUUUUGAUAAAGAAAAACUACGAAGAAACAGUAUUGGGCAUUUACCUGGCAGCAAGAAUGCGGUGAAUGGCUCUGCAAAUCAAAAAGAAGGGAAGCCGCUGAUCUAUUUUGGUGGAGCAAUGCAAGCAGGGCUUGUGCACGAGGAAUCGACUGCUGACUUAACGAAGGACACGGAUGAUCGCGUAACGCAAAAUAACGGAUCGCGCGGAAACCAUCCCCGCAAAUAUGGACUGGGAGAGAGAACUAACGUAUCUAUCAUGAGUCAUAAACUAAGGAAAAAAGCUGUUUGCGAUUCCACGGACAAUUCACAUUACCAAAGACAAUUCUUAAGGGUUUUGAACAAGCGAUUCUAA